AUGUUAGCUCCCCUCCUACUAUGCGCGGCUUGGCUGCUCUAUAACGGAGCAUCAGUCUACCGUAGCUACACUACCGGCAUACCUGGCCCGUGGUACACAAACUUCACAACUGUGGUACUGAAAUACUAUGAAUUCACCCGUCGAAGGCGGACAUGGAUUCACAGUCUUCACCAGCGGUACGGACCUGUUGUUCGCCUGGCACCGAAUGAAGUGUCGUUCUCCAAUCUGGAAGGCCUCAAGGAGAUCUACCAGAGCGGUGGCAGUGGAUAUGACAAGACGGAGUUCUAUGACCUCUUCAAACAGUAUGGUCACAGGACCAUGUUCAGCACACUAAACCGGCAAGAUCAUGCCAAGCGCAGAAAGCUAUUCGCCGAACGCUAUGCCAUGACAAAUAUUCUGCGUUCCACGAUCGUUGACGGCAUAAGACAGAGAGCAGCAGCAGUAAUCGAGAAGUGCAAAGCGUCACAGGGUGGUUAUCUUGAUGUUUACGUCACCUUGCAUUGCUAUGCCUUGGACUGUGCCAGCCACUUCCUCUUCAGCCCGGGAGGGAGCUGGUCCCUGACGGACGACAAUGACUUCAAGCUCAUGCAAGAGCUAUCGUACCAUGACAGUCUCCAGCAACGAUGGAUCCAGUACUACUGGCCAAUUCUUGACAAGGUCAACACCUUCUUCAAGCCCAAGUCGACUCCCAUCUCUCACGACUUCGUUCUGGGUCGAAGCCAACAACGCAACCCUGACGAGGUCUCACUCUUGCACAAGUUGCAGUCCAAGUCAUCCGAUCUCACCCCAAUGCAGACAGCAGCUGAGUCGAUGGAUCAUCUUGCUGCUGGGAUCGAUACAACCGGCGAUGGGCUGUGCUUCCUAAUGUACGAGCUUUCCUUGCCGCACAACAAGGUCCGUCAACAGCGGUUACAGAAGGAGAUCUCGGAAAACCCCACCGCUAAGCUGGAUGAGCUUAUCUACCUCGACGCGGUAAUCAAGGAAGGACUCCGUCUCUUCCCACCCAUCCCGAUGAGUUAUCCCCGAUACGUUCCUGCGGGUGGUCGGAAGAUCAGCGACUUCGACGUCCCAGGUGGAACCAUCGUUAGUUGUCAGCCAUAUUCGCUACACCUGCUGAAUGAGGAUGUGUAUCCGAAGGGCGAGACUUUCAUCCCCGAGCGUUGGCUAGAGAAGGAGGGUGAUCUGGAGAGGAACAGACUGUUCUUCGCUUUCUCUGCCGGAGGUCGAGGUUGCAUCGGAAAAAAUCUUGCGCUGGUAGAGAUGAAGACCCUUCUGCGAGAGAUAUAUGGCAGAUUUACGACGACUGUGGCAAAGGAGAUGACAGGUGAUAUGUCGAUUGAUGACCAGAUCAUUGCCUCACGGCCAAAGGAUCAGACAUGCCUGCUGGUGUUCGAGGAGCGGUCCGACGUGUCGAGUUGA